UCACAAAUCAUUUGAAGCAAACGCUGGAUUAAAAAAAAUGAAAAACUAAAAUUUUAAAUUCUAAUAAUCUAUAUAUUUGGAUUGAAAACAAACUAAAGAAAUAAUUCAAAUGGACUCCUCCAACAUAGUAAUUUAAAAUUCGCAGAAAAAUAAUUCUCAGACUAGUAACUGUUUACAUAACGACAAGGAGCUUUACAUAUGCGCAAGGAUUUUUGGAGAGCGGCGCGUGCGAACACUAAUCCACCUUUGAUGCUCUCAAGCUCCAAACUCUGCCUUAUUUUUUGAUGGCAAGACGGAAUAAUGCCAGUAUAGCAUGGCUGUCUCUCCAACUCAUGCCACCCGUGGACCGACAUGGCAUUUAGCCGCGUCUUUCUGGACCCUCCGUCCAAGAGCAUCUUUAAGACCUUCGCGGUCAUGUUGCUGUCUAUAGUCACGUCUUUAUACUUUCUCCACUGUCUCACGGAGCGAUGCGGGACCUGUAUACCCACAGAGAGAAGAGAAGCGGGUCCGGUGGAGGGAUUUUAUGCCUCGAAACUCGAAAAAGAUUUUGAGUCGCUGAGGAGAAAGAGACUUUUUCAGAAAUGGACCAUGAUGAGGCACCACAGCUUGAUCCACCAGCUCGAAAGUGUCCGUGAAGAGGGUUUAUCUGUUAUUGAUGCUGACAGACACGUUUUGCAGGCUCACGUAAAGAUGUCAAACUCUCGGGAUGUAGAUUUGGAGACGGGAGAAUCGUAUUUUGAUACAGGUAAACUAAGUGCGUUAGGUGAGGGCAGUAAGAAGCUGCCUCAGGCGAUUAUCAUCGGCGUGAAGAAAGGGGGGACGCGCGCGCUGCUGGAGUUUCUGCGCGUGCAUCCAGAUAUUCGCGCGGUCGGAGCCGAGCCGCACUUCUUCGACCGUAACUAUGACAACGGAAUGGACUGGUACAGGGACCUAAUGCCUAAGACCCUUGAUGGCCAGAUCACCAUGGAGAAAACACCAAGCUACUUUGUGACCCGUGAGGCUCCGGCCCGGAUCUACGCCAUGUCCCGCGACACCAAGCUGAUUGUGGUUGUCCGGGACCCUGUCACUCGAGCCAUCUCUGACUACACACAGACACUGUCCAAGAAGCCUGACAUUCCUACUUUUGAGAGCCUGACGUUCAAAAACAGGACUACAGGGUUAAUCGACACCUCGUGGAGCGCCAUUCAGAUUGGCAUCUACGCCAAACACCUGGACAACUGGCUGCAGUUCUUCCCCAUGAGCCAGAUCCUGUUCGUGAGUGGAGAGCGGCUGAUUAGUGACCCGGCUGGAGAGCUGGGCCGUGUGCAGGACUUCUUGGGGCUCAAGAGGAUCAUUACAGACAAACACUUCUACUUCAACCAGACCAAGGGCUUCCCUUGUCUCAAAAAGGCCGAGGGCAGCAGCAAGCCCCAUUGCCUGGGUAAAACCAAAGGACGGACCCAUCCAAACAUUCACCCUGAGGUCGUGCAGAGACUUAGAGACUUCUACAGGCCUUUUAACAUGAAGUUCUACCAGAUGACUGGCAGAAAAUUUGGUUGGGAUGACUGACAGUAGACCCUGGAUUUUGAAACAAGGAAAAAAAUACCUUACUGUGACCUCACCAGCAACAAAACUAUGAUAACCCCAAAAGUGGUCCAAUCUGGUUGUGGAAAACGAUUGAAAAGUCCACAUCCAACUCAAGUUAGGCACAGAACACUAUGAACAAAUGUCAAAAAACAGAGUAAAUGUCCUCAAACUGCUAUUACAGUUCCAGAUUCUAUUCAAUUUCAGAUUCAAAAAUGACAUUUUUAACUUUUAUAUCUUCAUUAGGCAAAAGGUUGAGGAUUAUACAUUGCCUUUGUUGAUUAAAAUAGUACUCCUUUGUUACCGAAUCAGACUUUAGCCGUAUUUCUCAUUUAAACAGCCAUUUAUUGUAAUGUAAGAGGACUUAGAAGAGACACCUGAAGGCUGAAGAGAUCCACUCUUGAACUAUGCAUUUGGAUGUUGAACUGUGAAUUAUCCACUGUGUCAGGACUUGGAGAUCAGUUACGUUCAUUUCCCAUAUUUAAUGUAGAAAGACUAGCUGCUUAUAUAACUUUACAAUUAUUUGGAAGAAAAGAGCAAAAGAAUAAAAAUAAUCAUAUUUUUUUUACAUUUAUUUAUUUAAAAUAUGUACUCAUAUACAGUUUAACUAUUUUGAAUAAUCUUCACUAAACA